ACUCUGGUGAUGUGGCAGCCAUAACCACCCACCUCCGUCCUUCCAAACCCCCCUCAAAAAAGUGCUCCUCCGCCAUAACCUUCCUCCUCUUCUGUAUCGAUUUUGGUUCUGAAUCGAGCCAAUUGCUUGUUUGUCUUCUUCUUCGCUCUGCUCCUUUCUGUAUCGGAUUGUGAGGUUUUUUUUAGGUUUUCUGGAAUUGAUUGAGCGAGCUCAUGAAAUUAGGGAUUUAAUUGGGAAUUUCUAUAGAUCUCUCGGAAGGAAUUUGUUUCUGAAGGUUUAUUGGAUUGCACGAUCGAUUCGCUGGAUUCAAUCGAAGUUUUCAGCGAUUUGGAGAUUUUAGAGCAGUUGAGGAGAUCUUGCUGUUGAUAAACGAUGGAUUCUGCCGCCAUGGAUCCGGAGCAAUCCGCCAUUUCUACGCCUGCAAUUUUCGACGGAAGCUCGAUCGAGAAGUCGAAUACCGGCCAAGACUUUGCUCUGAAGGUGAGGAAGCCUUACACUAUUACCAAACAACGCGAACGAUGGACCGACGAAGAACACAAGAAAUUCAUCGAGGCGUUGAAGCUUUACGGCCGAGCUUGGAGGAAGAUCGAAGAGCAUGUCGGGACCAAAACAGCGGUGCAAAUCCGGAGCCACGCUCAGAAGUUCUUCGGCAAGGUUGCCCGCGAGUCGUCUAACGGCGAAUCUGGCGCAGGCUCGGCGAAAUCGAUUGAAAUCCCACCUCCGAGGCCGAAGAGGAAACCAACACACCCAUAUCCGCGGAAGCUCGUUUCUCCGGCAAAAAGAGAAUCGAGUUCGCCGGAAAAGCAAAUGAUUCCGGUGUCGCCUAAGUUUUCCGAGCAGGACAACCUCUCUCCGACGUCUGUCUUGUCGACAAUCGGCUCGGACUCGUCGGUGGGCCUCGACUCGUUUGCUCCGGUUGGAAGUCCUUCAUCGGGUGGCACCGGUUCCUCCGCGACGACACCGAAGCUAGUCUCCGAAGGCACGAUAACUUCGCGAAACGACGAAAUUGUACUCCUGGAAUUGGAGCUCUCGUCGCAAACUGCGAUCGUCAUUAAAGAAGAUCCGAGCGAAUCAUCCGCGACGGCGCAAAGCUUGAAGCUUUUUGGACAGACGGUGUUAGUCGAUCGUCGAGAUACUUGCAAGAUGAAUUUGACCGACACGAGUGUUUCUGAGCGCGUUUCGAACGAUCGUUUCCCGUGGCUAACUCUAUGCUGCGACGUGCGACAGUCGCAAACCGAAGUCCAUAGCCCGACUCCGAUCAAAGCGCGGCUGAUGCGCAAUAACGACAAAAAUGAGGGAUUAUCGUCAAUGGAGAUGACGACGAGUUUCUCGUUGUGCAAACUAAGUCUUAACCGGAGAAAGGGAUUUGUGCCGUACAAACGGUGCUUAUCGGAGAAGGAGAAAGCGCCGGAAGAUCGGGAGCAGCGGCAGCAGCGGAUACGGCUCUGUUUGUGACAUGUCGACGACGACUAUCUAACUCGCGGAUUGACCGGAUCGAACGGUCCGGAUUGUCUGCGGUGUAACAUGGUUUGAUCUUCUUGUUCUUGUUCUGGUUCUGGUUCUGGCUUUUUAGUUCUUGUUUCUUACAUAUGGUUAAGUGUUUGUUGGAUUGUAAGUUUAAGUGAAGAUGGAUUUGCAAUUGUCUGAUGUUAUCUUCUUCUGUGAAUUUUGUCACUCUGUAAAACUUAUAUUGGCAGGUUUCAGUUGGAUUAAGAGCUUCAUGUUAUUUCGAUUUUCUGUUUA